AUGCGGCCACCGCCUCGCCAGCUGCACACGCUGCCGACGCCGCCUCACGGGCGAGCGGCUCGCAGCGGCUCGGCGGACAGGCCCGGCUCGCUACGCGGCGACAGGGCGGCCUCGCCCUCGUCGCGGCUCCUCUACUCGACGCACGGCGUCGAGCGCGCCACUGCGGCCACGCAGCGGCGCCCGACGCAUCGCGUCGGCAGCACCACCGCGCUCACGCGGCGGGUGCCUAAGAGAGAGCCGAAUGCGGCCGCCGCCUCGCCAGCUGCACACGCUGCCGACGCCGUCUCACGGGCGGGCGGCUCGCAGCGGCUCGGCGGACAGGCCCGGCUCGCUACGCGGCGACAGGGCGGCCUCGCCCUCGUCGCGGCUCCUCUACUCGACGCACGGCGUCGAGCGCGCCACUGCGGCCACGCAGCGGCGCGUCAGGACUGCCGCCCCGACCCUCGCCAGCACACAUCCAUCGCCACCCCGAUGGCGAUGGCGUGCCUCGGCUCGGCUAGCGGCGGAGCAACAGUGCGGCGCACCGACGGAGCGGCACGGCGCUCGUCCCGCGCCGCCAGCCGACGCAUCGCGUCGGCAGCACCACCGCGCUCACGCGGCGGGUGCCUAAGAGAGAGCCGAAUGCGGCCACCGCCUCGCCAGCUGCACACGCUGCCGACGCCGUCUCACGGGCAAGCGGCUCGCAGCGGCUCGGCGGACAAGCCCGGCUCGCUACGCGGCGACAGGGCGGCCUCGCCCUCGUCGCGGCUCCUCUACUCGACGCACGGCGUCGAGCGCGCCACUGCGGCCACGCAGCGGCGCGUCAGGACCGCCGCCCCGCCCCUCGCCAGCACGCAUUCGUCGCCACCCCGAUGGCGAUGGCGUGCCUUGGCUCGGCUAGCGGCGGAGUAA